GAGGAUAUGAUACCCUCUCUACUGAGGCCCUCUCUUUUGACUUUACCUUAUUACAUUUAAUUUCUAUCUUUACUGUUGAGCCUUAAUCACUGUUGCUUGCUUUGUCUCUAUCGUUUUCCUCUCUCCCUCUCUAUAUAUCUCUCAAAAAGGGGUGUGCUGAUUAACAUGUAAAAAGAAGCCAAACAUUGUUGGUGGGGUAUUCUUCUUGAGAGUGUUUCUGACGAUUCCAAGCUUGAAUCUUCAUGUUUGAGCACCGAUGUUCUUUGGUUUUCUGCUGAAACAACAACAAUGACGAAUAAUUGGGUUGGUUUGUUUCUCAUUCUCGUGGUUUUUGGUGGGUUCUCGUCAGUCUCAGCCUCCCCACCUGUUGCAAAAAUUGUUAGUGGAAUUGUGUCCAAUGUGGUCUCUACUCUUGUGAAGUGGCUGUGGUCACUGAAGUCUACCACCAAUACAGCAAUUUCUAGCCAUUCCAAGAUGAAUUUUGAGGAUGGAUAUACUGUGGAAACAGUGUUUGAUGGUAGUAAGCUGGGAAUCGAACCAUACUCUCUAGAGGUAUCCACAAGUGGAGAGCUUCUCGUUUUGGACUCUGAAAACAGUAACAUUUACAAGAUCUCAUCCCCACUCUCUCGAUAUAGCAGACCCAAACUGGUUGCUGGCUCGCCUGAUGGGUACUCUGGGCAUGUAGAUGGGAAGCUAAGAGAAGCAAGGAUGAACCAUCCAAAGGGGCUUACAAUGGAUGAGAGAGGAAAUAUUUACAUUGCAGACACUAUGAAUAUGGCUAUCAGGAAGAUCAGUGAUGCAGGAGUUACAACUAUAGCAGGAGGAAAGUGGGGGCGAGGAGGGGGCCAUGUCGAUGGUCCAAGUGAAGAUGCAAAGUUCUCAAAUGAUUUUGACGUGGUUUACAUUGGAAGUAGUUGCUCUCUUUUGGUUAUAGACAGAGGAAACCAGGCAAUUCGGGAGAUCCAACUUCAUUAUGAAGAUUGUGCUUACCAGUACAAUGGUAGUUUUCAUUUAGGGAUAGCAGUCCUUGUUGCAGCUGGUUUCUUUGGUUAUAUGCUGGCAUUGCUGCAACGUAGAGUGGCAGCAAUGUUUUCUUCCCAAUAUGAUUCAAGCACUCCUAUGAAGAAAGGUAUGCCUCCAGAAUCAUAUCAGAGGCCUCUUAAAUCAGUCAGGGCCCCCUUAAUCCCAGCUGAAGAUGAGUAUGAGAAAGCAGAUGAGGGGUUCUUCGGUUCACUUGGGAGGCUUUUCCUCAACACAGGUUCAACUCUGGCUGAAAUAUUUGGGGGAUUGUUUUCAGGUUCUAGAAAGAAGCCACCCCACCAGCAAAUCCAGCAGCAGUACGGGCAACCGAAUGUGCACUCAAAUGGCUGGCCCAUGCAAGAGAGCUAUGUGAUUCCAGAUGAAGACGAGCCACCAUCAAUAGAGUCCAGAGCCCCAACACCCAAGAAAACUUAUCCAUUUAUGACUCCAGAAAUGGAGAAGGCCCACCAUUUCAGGCAAAGUCGGACUUUCUACAGCAAUGGUUGGGAUGGGAAUUAUCAGCAACUGCAACAAAAGCAGAUACAGCAAAAGCAGCAAUACCAGCAGCACCAUCAAAAGCAUUACUCAUCGAAUCCCCAGACUUACUAUGAGCAGAGCUGUGAGACAAAAAAUGAGAUUGUUUUUGGAGCAGUUCAGGAGCAGGAUGGACGACGUGAAGCUAUGGUGAUAAAGGCUGUUGACUAUGGAGAUCCUGUUUAUAAUCACCAUAACAUUCGACCCCGUCUCAAUUACAUGGGUUAUUCCCAUGCCUACUGAUCUUGUGUCCUAGGAAUAUAUAUGAAACUGGAAGAUGAUAUUUUUGAAAUGAAAGUAGGAUUGCACUGUGAUUUUCCUUUUUUUUUUCUUUAAGAAGGAAUGUUAGUUCUCCCAAGUUUCCUUCAGUGAAUGAAUGUAUGACAAAGCAACACACAAACCAUGCAGAAUCUGUAUCGUCUUUUUGACUUUGAAAUCAAGAGAAUCAAAGAUUGGUCA